GUCUUCGGGGCUGGGCAAGAAGGAGGAAAGAUGGCGGGCCGUGCUUUGGUGGCCAAGGCAGUGGUGGUGGCUGCAGGAGUCCUACGUCCCUUGAGAUUUGGGGCCCCUCUGAUGUGCCGAAGCCCCCUCGGCAACAUCCGUCUUGCUUCGGCAGCAUCUCCCCAACCUUUCCAUCCUAUCCGCGUACCGAAUGUCUUCGCUGCCUCCAAACCUCUUCCGGCCGGUAGAACUCUGACCUGUGGUUCUCCCGCGGCAAUCCUGAAAAGCGUUGCUCCUGUCCUCCCAAGUCUCCAGCCGGUCAGAACCUUAACAUACUGCAGCUUGAAAAAAGGAAAGAGGAAAUCGGUGAAACCCGUUAUCUACCGAUUUCUCCGACUGCAUUCCGGCUUGUGGCUAAGGAGAAGGGCCGGUUACAAGAAGAAACUGUGGAAGAAGAAGCCCGUGAGGAGAAAACGCUUGCGCGAAUUGGUGUUCUGUAGCAAGACGCAGAGCAGACUUCUCGAUAAAAUGACGACGUCCUUCUGGAAGAGACGAAAUUGGUACGUGGAUGAUCCCUACCAACGUUAUCAGAAUCGUACCAACCUUAAAGUCUAGCCCCGAGACGCGCAAGUAAUUCGGCAAGUCCCUCGUGCUUUCUCAGUUGUCACUAAAGGCGGGCACGGAAACGAGCGGAAGCGCGUGGCUGGUUGAAAUGUCGAAGUAUGAACUGGUCUGAAACGUGGGGAUGUGAAGGCUGGCAAUAAACAAUUCAGAUUCUCACUCA